AUGAUGAACUUCAAACACUUCGCCUUCACAGGAAACACGCAGCCGCUGAGGGCCUCCCCUCCCUGCUCCAAUCGCAAGUGUGCUCAAUCCAUUACCCUUCCUGAGGAUCGCACAUCCAUCAGGUCGAGUGUGCCGGCCAGGGUGCAUCUUAUAGCUUUUACUGCAUAUGAGACGUUGCAGGCCUGUUCUCAGGAACUGCCAGGCAGACUGGGAAUCACAGUCACGGUUAAUAGCAGCGAAUUGCCAGCUCUUGAUGGAAUUCGCUCUAACAAGAAAAUGCUGUUACUGGUUGGAGGCUUGCCUCCCGGGCCGGACCGGCUCCCCAGCAAUUUGGUCCAGUACUAUGAUGAUGACAAGAAGACGUGGAAAAUACUCACAAUUAUGCCGUACAACAGUGCCCACCACUGCGUUGUGGAGGUAGAAAACUUCUUGUUUGUGCUGGGUGGAGAGGACCAAUGGAACCCCAAUGGAAAACACAGUACAAAUUUUGUCAGUCGAUAUGAUCCUCGAUUUAAUAGCUGGAUACAACUUCCACCCAUGCAAGAAAGAAGAGCCAGUUUCUAUGCAUGUCGGUUGGACAAGCAUUUAUACGUUAUUGGUGGAAGGAACGAAACCGGCUAUUUGUCCAGCGUGGAGAGCUAUAACCUAGAAACGAAUGAAUGGCGUUAUGUGUCCUCUUUGCCCCAGCCUCUGGCUGCUCACGCAGGAGCAGUGCACAAUGGGAAGAUAUACAUUUCAGGGGGUGUACACAAUGGAGAAUAUGUCCCAUGGCUAUAUUGCUAUGACCCUGUAAUGGAUGUCUGGGCUCGAAAACAAGAUAUGAACACAAAACGCGCCAUCCACACUUUGGCUGUAAUGAAUGAUCGCUUGUAUGCAAUUGGAGGAAAUCAUUUGAAAGGUUUCUCCCACCUUGAUGUAAUGCUUGUGGAAUGCUAUGACCCAAAAGGUGACCAGUGGAAUAUUCUCCAAACUCCCAUUUUGGAAGGUCGAAGUGGCCCUGGCUGUGCAGUGCUUGAUGACAGCAUCUACCUUGUGGGUGGCUACAGCUGGAGUAUGGGGGCCUACAAGUCAUCCACAAUAUGCUACUGCCCGGAAAAAGGCACCUGGACAGAACUGGAAGGGGAUGUAGCAGAGCCACUGGCAGGUCCCGCCUGCGCACCGGUUAUCUUGCCCGCCUGUGUACCUUACAACAAAUAA